AUGUCUGACUCGAAGUCGACUUACGUCGUAUACACAGAUAAACACCUCCCUUCUGAAUGGGAAAGUGCAGGAUCUGGCGCAUGGUCCAUCCAAGCUGCUCAGGAGUUUCCUGACGCUGAGAUAACCGCAAUUGAUAUAUCGCCUCUCCCUGAUCGCCCUCUUCCGUCCAACGUCAAGUACCAGACCCUAGAUAUCUCUCAGCCCAUCCCCUUCGAGCCCGAAACCUUCGAUCUCAUUCAUGUCCGUUUCGUCUUCCUCCACCUUCACAAGGAGAAAAGCAUGUCCGAGAUAUACCCGCGCGUCACCUCUCUCCUCGCGCCCAACGGGAUCCUUCUUGUCGAGGAUGUCGACAUUGUCGGAGAUCUAGAUGAGCUUACACCAGGGAUGCAGCGUUGCAUGCACAACUUCCAUAAAUACAUGAUUUCGAAUGGCCAGGAUCCAGCGAUUGCAAGGUAUAUCGCAGGCAACAUGAUCGAUUUGGGGGUAUAUGAUAAAAUGAGGGUGGAUAAUUGCGAGCUUCCGUUGAAUCCCAGCCCGGAGACUGCGGAAGAGAUCGCAAACAUUGGCCGCGCGCUCUGUAGGUCGUACACGGAAGCCGUCAGGAUCGGGCAGGAGACGGCGAUAGACAGAGGAAGCUAUGAUAAUGAGGCGCGUCAAGGGUGGUUGGAUGAUGUUGAAUCGAGCGGAUGGAAAUAUUCCUUCAGGUUUUAUGCCAUGUGGGCCCGGAAGCAACACUCUUUGAAGAGUCUGUGA